UCUUUUAAACAAUCCUCCACCUAGCCCUUUUACAAAUAUAACCGGGCUGCGUAGGGAACGUUGACUUUGGGGCACUUAAAGCUAACUAACCGCGCGACCGGCACAACUAAAGAUCCCCUGAUGAGAACAAGGACAGCUGAAGUUGCUGUUUGUAUUUUAUAGGAAUCCACGUGUUUUGGGUAAAAUGCGCAGUUCUAGGCCAUCUCCUUAGGGCUCCCUCUGUCGGCUUGCAUAUCUUCAAGCAUGGGCUUCCUGCGGAACGCCAGUUUCUUGAUAUAUGGCUCCAAACACUUUGGCAGAAGGGGCUAUGAGCGCGCUUCGGCGACUUGGGAUAACAGCAUCAUGGAACGGCGGUUAGAUGGUCAGGUGGCAAUGGUGACGGGCGCCAACCAAGGACUGGGCUUCCAGGUUUCCCAGGAGCUCGCUCGCCGCGGCUGCACCCUGUUCAUGGUGUGUCGCAACGCGCAGCGGGGGGAGGAGGCGGUGCAGCAUGUACGGCAGGCCUCCGGGAACCAGGACGUACACCUGCAGCUGUGUGAUGUGUCCAGCCUGGCCUCCAUCCACCAGCUGGUGCGGCAGUGGGAGGCGGCGGGGCGCCCGCUGCACCUGCUCGUCAACAACGCGGGCAUACUGGUCCAUGAUUACGCCCCCAGCGCUGACGGCUACGAGAGCUGCUUUGCGACCCACACGCUGGGCGCCUGGGCACUCACCUGGGCGCUGGGACCGCUGCUGCGGGGCAGUGCGCCGGCGCGGGUGGUGUUCGUGUCGAGUGGGGGCAUGUACACGGCACCGCUGGAGGUGAAGCACCUGGCCAAUGACGACAUGGCGCCUCCGGCAGCACCCAACGGAGCAGGCGGCGCGGGUCGUGCUACGGCGGCGGGCCGGGGCAAGUACGACGGCAUGUUGUGUUACUCGAGGGACAAGCGGCGACAGGUGGCGCUGGCGGAGCGGUUCGCGGAGCUGUGGGGGCCGCAAGGCGUGUUGGUGCUGUCCAUGCACCCCGGGUGGGCCACCACGGAGGGAGUGAAGCGCUCCAUACCCGACUUCUACUCCUUCUUCAGGAACAGCUUCAGGGAUGUGGCGCAAGGGGCGGACACCGUUGUGUGGCUGGCGCUGCAGGACGCCUCCCGCCUGCAGCCGGGCGCCUUCUACCUGGACCGCGCCCCGCAGCCGCUGCACCUGCCGCUGGCGGGCACGCAGUACGGCAUGCAGCAGGUGGACGCCAUGUGGGCGCAGCUGCAGGGCAUGUGCGCGGGCAAGCUACAGCCGGUGCGAGUGGGGCAGGAGGAACAAAGGGAAGGGGAGGGGGCGAAGACGGUAGGGUGACAGAGGCUUGAGGCUGCUGCUGGGGAACCAGUGCCGGGAUAAAUGGGUGCUGAAGACGGUGGUGAGGCUCUUGCCAGUGGCUGCUGUGUUGGGUCGGGGGUAAAGAAGAUUGAGUUGGGGGGGGGGUUGCAGACGCACGAGCUUGAUGCCUUGAAAGGCACAGCAGCGUUGUAGCGAUGCAGGCGAGUUGUCUGGGGUAAAAGAGUGGGCAAUCAGUGCGCGCAUGGUGCUCCUCAGUGACGACUGCGGCUUGCUAUGGCUGCAAGCACACGUGGCUGCCAGCACACGUACAGCACUCACCCCUAGUGAAGGCCUGCGUGCAGCAAAUGGGGGAUGUGGACUGCUGAAUGAGUUGGCUCCAGUGGCUUUGCAAGUGGGCUGGAUAAGUAGAGCAAGAGCCCAGGGCAUGGUCGGCAGUUGGGGUUCCCUGGACUUGGGGUUCCCUGACGGGGGCUUACAUUGAAUACCUGAGGGGCAAGGUAUGUAAGAACUUAAGGUGGA